AGGGAUUGACAAUCACCGACAACAGUCUACUACUGCUAUUGCUACUACUAGCGAGCAAUCCCGCUAAUACUUCUGUCAUCUACAGUCCCCUCGAACAGCAAACAUGGGUAUCUCACGCGACUCUCGUCACAAGCGCUCGGCUACCGGCGCGAAGAGGGCCACCUACCGCAAGAAGAGGGCGUUCGAGAAGGGUCGCCAGCCCUCCAACACCCGUAUCGGAACCAAGAGAAUCCACCUGGUCCGCACCCGUGGUGGUAACCAGAAGUUCCGUGCCCUUCGUCUCGAAUCCGGCAACUUCUCGUGGGGUUCUGAGGGUAUCUCCCGCAAGACCCGUGUCAUCGUUGUUGCCUACCACCCCUCCAACAACGAGCUCGUCCGCACCAACACCCUGACCAAGUCGGCCGUCGUUCAGAUCGAUGCUGCUCCUUUCCGUCAAUGGUACGAGGCUCACUACGGCCAGCCCAUCGGCCGUCGUCGCCAGCAGAAGACCGAGACCACCGAGGAGAAGAAGUCCAACAGCGUUGUGAAGAAGCAGGCUGCUCGCUUUGCUGAGCAGGGCAAGGUCGAGUCUGCUGUUGAGCGUCAGUUCGAGUCCGGUCGUCUGUACGCUGUUGUGUCGUCCCGCCCCGGCCAGAGCGGCCGCGUGGACGGAUACAUCCUGGAGGGUGAGGAGCUGGCUUUCUACCAGCGUGCUAUCCGCAAGUAAAGAAAUCCAAUACACAAAAGCGAAUAGUUCACGUUGUGUGGUUGUUAAGUUAAAAGGGCUGGAUGGAUCGGAGUUAGCAUUUUCCAGAAAAUUAGCUCUGAAUUGAUGGAUGAAUCAGAUGUUCACACUUUCUGUCCUUAGCAGGGAUCAAUUGUAGUGUACUGUAGUGUACUUCCGUAGUGUAG